AUGGGGGCCAGCAACUCAAAGACACAGUGCACGGGUGAGGAGCUCCAAAUGGGGCAUCCAUCUGAGUAUCAAACACCUGUACAGUACGGCCGAACAGAGCAUGCGCCUGGUGCGAAGCUCGAUGCCACAAAUCAGAGCACGAAACGGCCACGCGAUCAAGAAACUGGUGUGGAAAGGCCCAACAAGAAGUUGAAAGAAUCUGACGCCAGCGACCGGGUUGAACAUCACCCAUUCACUGGAACUGCCCGAAGCCCUACGUUUCCCCCUCACAAGCAGCAGGUCCACGAUCAUCUCAAGGAGAACUCGCCAGCCAUCUCGGCAAGUAGAGCAGAAGAGAGCCUAGAAUCGUUCGACGAUGUCAUUCGCAAUAUUGCCAGGCCAGCCUGCGAGCCUAAGGCCCAGGAGUCUCCCCAACUAUCAGGACUGGAACAAGCGCAUGAGGCAGCUGACGACAUGCCUCUCGCCAAUGACCAAACGCUGCAUGAUGCAAGUAUCUUGGGCUCCACGUCACCGAGUGUUGCAAGCCCAACUCCGGCGAAAUCACCUACAACGAAAGGCUCGAUCUCACCUUGUGCCUCGACCUCCGAGCUCUCACAUCGGAUGGACAGCCAGCUUUCUCAAGCAUCGCAGGCAAUACUGGAAGCCGCCGCAACCUCACAAGAUCUCGAAGAUGCAGUGCCGCCUGGCUGGAGAGGAGCGUCAGAGCAACGAAUUUCACAUACGCAACGAGAACAGAACCGGCAGCUGUUGCGGGAUGCGAUCCGAGAACUGCACGAGAUCAAGGACUCUGAAAUCUUCUCGAGCGAGAGUCUGGCGCGGUUGACAAUGCCUCAUCCAGGCCUCGCUGGUCAGACAGCUGUACAAACCCGAGGACCGCCUUUUGCAGACGAUGUCUCUGAGGUGAACUUCGUGAGCGAGUUGAGAGAUCCCUUGGGCGCGUUUCAUAGUCCCCAGCGUACACGAGCAGCCUUCGGAGCGAGAGUGGAGGAAGUUGACGUUCGUCGACCAGCUACGUGUGCACGAGACACUGGCAAUGAUGGAGAGGCCCUUAAUGAACAUAUACGUGGAUGUCAGCGAAAGCUCGUUGGAUACUGGAGAGGAUGGGAUCGCGGUGUUCUCUCGCGACAGGCGUUCGUCUAG